AUGGCAUCUGUUUAUACAACUUUAGCAAUUAUAGUAAUGAUUUAUAUGUCUCCUGUUCUGAUACCAGCACUGUUUUUGGUGGGGGUACUGUAUGAUUUUUUCAAUUCAGAACUGCCACCUGGGAUUGACCAACCUCUAAAGCUCCGUUUUUUCCACUCCUUGAUGAUUUCAGCCAUGAUCGCGGGAAAGGUUUUGCAGAAGGUGGGGAUCUGCAAUGAUUUAACUGUAUUGCGAAUACUGCUCGAUGGAAUACCCCCCUGGAGAGACUCCAAACUGCUUAUCAAAGAUCUCAAAGUAGAUGAGGUACCCCUGAGGAUUUAUCAGCCCAAAAGCCCACCCACUGGCAAAAGAAGAGGAAUUCUGUAUUUUCACGGAGGCGCUGGCACGUUUGGGAGCAUUAGAGCCUUUGAAAGAAUAUGCCGCUAUUUGGCCAAAAAAUGCAACUCAGUGGUUGUGUCUGUUGGGUACCGCUUGGCCCCAGAACACCCCUACCCAGGGCAGUAUUUCGACUGUCUCAACGCCACCUUGUACUUCAUGAGGAAUUUAGAGGAGUACCACGUGGACCCCACUCUCAUCAUCAUCAGUGGGGACAGCUGCGGGGCUAAUUUCGCCACCGUCGUUUGCCAGAUCCUGCUGAACGGCCGGGAUCUGCCAAAAGUGCGCGCUCAGGUCCUGCUGUACCCAGGGCUGCAGGGGCUGGAUUUUCAGCUGCCCUCCUACCAGCAGAACGCGUGGGUGCCCGUGUUGUACCGCAAGCUGGUCCUCUACUUCUGUUUCCGUUACCUCAACAAAGAGCCCACGGUGCUGAAAGACGUCCUGCGCAACUGCCACGUUUGUGAGAGCACGAGGCGCAAGUAUAAAAAGUGGGUGAGUGCUGACCUCAUUCCUGAUGAAUUCAAGGUUAGAGGCUACGUGCCCCCGGCGCCCGCCUCGUAUAAACCCGAAGUCCACGAAGCUGUCAAGGAGAUUUUAGCACUGACGUUUUCCCCACUUUUAGCUGAAGAUUCCGUCAUUUGCCAGCUCCCUGAGGCCUACAUUGUGACCUGUGAGUUUGAUGUGCUGAGGGACGAUGGGCUGUUAUACAAGAAGAGACUGGAGGACAAUGGUGUUCAAGUGACCUGGUAUCAUUCCAAGAGUGGCUUCCAUGGAAUUGUAGCCUUUUUUGGCUACGGGAUUUUUUCCUUUUUAUCUGGAAAAAAGAUAGUGGAUAGUCUGGUGAAUUAUAUAAACAGUUUAUAG